AUGUCAAAAGCACGUCUAAAAACGAUGUGGGAACAAAUUCAACCAUUUGGCCGGGAUUCACCUAAUUAUAGAGUUCCCAAAGACCGACCGACCGAGAUCAGGCUAAGCGAGCUUCAUGACAAACAAUCCUGUUUUUCGGAACCGUCAAUUGCCGAAACAACACGGUCGUCGCUGGUCAGCUCAUCUCAACUUGAGGAACAUGCCUCAUUGUUAAAAAGUCAGAGAAUCGACCGAGAAACAUCACACGAUAAUGAGGAUAACAAAAGUCAGAUUGUCGAUCACCGAUGGAUUGAUGGCGUAUAUCUCUGCGCAAAGGCUUCUGCAUUGAUUAUGCUGCUCAAUUUGGCCUUGAUCACGACGGCCGCUGGCUUAUCCCGCAAGUAUGAUAAUAGCAAAUUUCCGACCUCAGCAGUGUUCUACAGGGGCAAUUGCACUUUGUGUAAACGAUGGGACCUUGCACUCCACAUCAUCAUCAACGUGCUGAGUACUUGCAUUCUCGCUGCUAGCAAUAACUGCAUGCAGGCACUUGUCGCUCCAACUCGAGAGGAGAUUAAUAAGGCCCAUGCACAACGCCGGUGGCUUGAUAUUGGGAAUGCAAGUAUGAGGAAUCUUAUUGCAGCAGGGCGGUGCCGGUUGGUUCUUUGGCUCUGUUUGUUGAUUACAGCGACACCAUUCCACCUACUAUAUAACUCAAUGGUGUUCCAGUCUUCAUCUAUCAAUGACUACAAAGUUGUUAUUGGACCUCACGAUCUAAAUUCGCAAAAUAUACAGGGUCUCACCACUCCAGCUCUGGAGCAAUGCUAUGACUUUCAGCCCGUCGGAGAUUCUCCUGGUAUUUCCUGGAAUGAAACCGUUGAUCUCAUCGCAGAAGGAAAUUAUGAGCGACUCACGACUCGUCAAUGCCUUCAAAUACCUAAUGUUGUCAAUCAAGUAGAUUAUAGAUUGAUUGUUGCGCUCACGGAAGUAUUAUCCGUGAGCGAUGGGGGAGAUGCAGCAAUACUCUGGACUGCAUGCUCGAUGGCGUACGGAGCUGAUGAUACAUACUUUGGUCACGCCAAGCUUGAUAAAGAUGUGAUUGGGAGACCAUUUGCAAUGCAGUACGAAAUCACUUAUGGUAUAGACACAAAAUGCGUCGACAACCUUGCUGUCUUCUUCAACAAUUCUGCUGUCUUCAAUAACAGCACAAACUACCAGCUAAGCGGUUGUCUUGCAAUCAAAGCAGAGGAGCAUUGUGAGUUGCUUUAUAGCCCGCCGAUUUGCAUCGCUAUUGUUCUCGCCUCAUUAGUGAAAGUGAUAGCUAUGUUUCUAUCGGCGCGAAGUAGCCGGUCACGAUCGGUGCCUCUUCUUACUAUUGGUGAUGCGGUGGCGUCUUUUAUUGAAGAGCCAGAUCCUACAACAAAGGGUCUUUGUUGGAUUUCCAGAACCGAGGUUCAAGGUGGAGACUGGGAAACCUCCGAACAAAAAGGAGCAAGAAUGGGAACCUGGGAAGGUGGUCGAAACCAACCAGUGAUCUACAAAUCACUCUCACGAUGUAAAUUCUGGUUACAAGCACCGAGCUUGAAGCGAUGGAGUAUGGCAUUAAUUGGAUGCUUGUCGGCUAUCGCGGCCGGUUCUUACUUCACGGUGGAGAGUGGUGUUACAUUGGACCUUGCCUAUUACUGGCAGAGCGGAAUUGGUAGUAACACAUACAAUGUUCUGGAGCAGACGGCGCGAUUUUCAGUUGUGGCAUGUGUAGUAGUGGCGAACAUGCCGCAACUAAUUGUCACUAUGAGUUACUACUGCUACAACAACAUCUUGACGAGCAUGACGUUAGCAGCCGAGUACAGCUCUUAUGGAGCUACUCGAAAACCACUUCGAGUUACCUGGCCAGUCAAAGGAAACGGCAGCAAGCAACGCUCAACAUACUGGUUAAGUCUUCCGUAUGCGUACAGCAUUCCCAUUCUGGUUAUCUACAUGGUGCUUCACUGGCUCGUAUCACAGAGUCUAUUCUAUUUCCGGAUGACUGUCUACACUUCAAGUGGCAAGUUCGCCAAUGCUCUCACAAGCUGUGUUGCGUAUUCACCGUUGCCUAUUUUUUUAUCUCUCCUUGUUGGGAGUCUUAUGUUGGCAAUUUUGCUUGGCCUUUCACUGCGCCGGUUCAAGUCUGAGAUGCCUUUGGCGGGUUCAUGUAGCGCCGUAAUCAGUGCUGCUUGUCAUCCACCGAGGGAUGACUCGAAUGCCGCCCUAGGGCUGGUGAGAUGGGGCGAGACGAUGACAUCGCCAGAAUGGAUGAUGAACCAACUUGGCAGAGCUGAGGAACGGAAAGGGCACUGCAGCUUCACAUCCUUCGAUACUGAAAGGCCGUCUUUGUUUAAAUUGUAUGCUUAG